CUAUUGCGCGUGCCUUCGCUCGGUCGGUGUCGGUAGAUCGGUAGAUCUUGGUUGGUUGGUUGGUCUGUAAAAAUACUUUUCCCCCAAAGAAGUUUCAUUUGUGUUUUUGACUGUUCGUCGUGCAGAACGAUUCUCCUGCGCUGCCAGUGCUCCGAUCCUCUGCCCCGCGGCCAAUAUGUUCCCUCCAUCUAUCGUCGUCUGCCUCUGUGCCUGUGCCUGUGCCUCUGCCCGUGUGUAUCUGUGUUUGUGUUUGAGAGCAGGCGUGUAAUAUGCGCGAAAAGCUGUUUUCGGUACAUACAGCCUUUCCCAUACAUCCAUAUAGUCAAUUUUCCUGUUAACCGAAAACCUGACAAAAUAUAAUAGAAUACCAGAAAAAUAAAUACAGCUUGUGCAACUGCCAUAGAAAACGCUCUCGCAGCGUGUGUGUAUGUGUGGUGUGUUGGUGUAUUGGUGUAUCUCUGUAAAUGUGCAUUUAAAUCUGUCUGUGUAAAUAUGCAAAAAUGCAAUGCAAAUGUUGAUUCUGCUGGUCGCCACUCAGCCUCAGCUAGCAGUAGGUGAAAGUAAAGCGAUUUGUUUAAUUAAUUGCACGCAGGCAAUUUUGUACACAGUGCCAAGUGAUCCAGGAGCCAAGUGGAGGCUGGCAUUUAAAUUAACUGACUAAUCACUGAGAUGGUCCGACAAGGAGUGGAGUGACCCAGAGUUACCACUGAGCUCCAGCUCCCCUCACUUGGGUUAUCACCGACUUUGCCUGCAAUCUGAGAUCUGGACUAUCCGCUCGAAUCAUAGUAAUAGGAUACCUACAAAAAGCCGGAAAAUGCAGCAGCUGGAACUCUGAACCCUGAAUACCGAACUCUGACCCCUGACUUUGGCUGAGAAAGAAUAACGAAAGCACACACCCAUUCACACACACACACACACACACUCAAUAUGCCCACCCGCCACAACUGGGAUACGGACCGUGUGGGCGUGGCCCAUCUGGCUGGGGCUCUGAGUCCGCUCUGCAUAACCGAUGCCAAUCAUGAGAUAUUGCGGCCAAAGCCACGAAGACCCACUGGCAACUUGCCGCCCAGUUUCGGACAGCACCCAGCGCCCAGUCAGAUUACUGGGCUCCCCCCCAUGCCGCCACCGCUGUUGCAGCCACCACACCAGCAACAGCAGUCGACUCCACUCUCUGCCCAUGGACCCCACAGCGGGCUGGCGGUGUCGAUGGCUGCGCCAGCACCACGCGUGUUUAAAGAGCUAGCCCAGCACCCCAACAAGGGAGUGGGCCACAAGGUGGGAGUACCUGGAAAUCUCGCCCUUCCUCUUCCCAGCCAGAUGACUUCCCCCGUCAGGGCCACCAAGGCACUGAUUCCUCAGCGCGCGGUGGCGGGUCCCGCUCGCCUGACCGUCCAGAGUACGCCCGUGAAGUCGCAGCCCCCGCAGCUGAGUGGGAGCCUUAGCCAGACCUCGCCCAGCCGACCCACACUUGGCAUACCAACCACGAGCACGAGCACGAGCACGACCACGACCAGUGGGAAUGCCCCGCCAGCCAGAACGCACCAGCACGAUCAGUUCCGGGCUCUGCAGCGCGUGCAGGAGUGCCACAGCUCCUCGGACGAGAACCGGAGCUCGGGCCAUGCCAGCAUGUCGGACACGGGAGGCCACAGCUCCUCCCCGGCGGGAGGCAUGACCCUGGGACCGUUGCCCGAGGAUCGGCUGGCAGCCGGAGUGACCAAUGCCAAUCGGAGCACCCGAUCGCGACGUCAUCGGGGUAUCCUGCCGGCGGGCAAGGCGCCCUGGAGCGGCACAGGCCUGGAGGACAUAAAGCUGGCCAUGCUCACACUCCGCUCCCAGACGAGCAGCAGCACGUACAGCAGCCUCAGCGCCGGAUCGGAGAGCUCGGAGCCCGCCCGACGGCUGGGCCGUUACUCCUCCCUGGAGACGGUGAUCACCAGCACGAGUGCCGACGAGUUUGUGUGGGUGGACUCUCACAACCGCCUCGUGGAGCUGCAGCAUCCGCCGUGGAGCCAGCAGUGCAUCAUACGGGUGCUGAGGGGCGGCCGCUGCAAGCAGCAGGCGGAGCAGAUGGCCGUGGAGGUUGUCUCCAGAUUGGGCUACCUGCUGCAGCGGGCUCUGGUGAGGAUUGCGCGCGAGAUCCAGCGCUUCUCGGCGGGACUGGGAAUGUGCUCCAAGCAGGAAGUGGCCGGUGCCUUCCGCGUGGUGCUCUGCUCCACUCUGGCCGACUCCUGCACCAAGGCCUGCAUGCGGGCGGCAGCCAUGUUCGCCGUGCCCGGGGAGAGUGCGCUGAAGCAGAGCAAAUCCUCGCGAGCGGGCCUCCAGCUGUCCGUCGGCCGCUUCUACCGCUGGAUGACCGACGCUCGUCUGGGCAAGUUUAUACACGAAUAUGCCGCCGUGUAUCUCUGUGCGGGGAUCGAGAACCUGCUCGAGGAGAUCAUGCUGCAGUGCAGCAACGGCAGCACGGCGGCCGCCCUCGACCAGAGCAUCGCCAACUCGGGUGACGUUUGGGGUCUGCUGCAGCCGUUCGCCCAUCUCAAUGCGGGGCGCAUUGCCUCCGGUGCUCUGACCAUGCCCUGCUGGGCCAGCGCCUCCUCCCUGGCCACCUGCGUGGGCAGCAUCCGGGAGCUGAAGGAGAAGGCCCUGCGCACCCAGCAGGAGUUCCAGCUGGCCGCCGCCCUCUCUGGCUCCGCCCUGGCCGCGCUCUUCUACUUCAUGCGCUGCUCGCAGCUGGAGCACACGGAGCUGCUGGCCGCCUCGGGAUCUGGCCAAGCCGCGCCAGCGCCGCCCACUAACACUGCCAGCCAUCAUGUCCAGGAGCUGUGCUAUGAGCGGGCCUAUGUUGUCCUGCCGCCGCUGGCCGAAUGGCUAAGGGUCGCCUCGGCCCAUGCCGAGCACCGCAGCGCCCUGAUGAUCGACAAGGAUGAUGUGAUGCAAGCAGCCCGACUGCUGCUCCCGGGCGUCGACUGUCCCAUCCGGCCCGUGGCCCACGAUGAGGAGCUGCCCACCAAGAAGACGCACUUCAAUGCGGCCUCCAGCAGCUCCACGGGAACGGGAACGGGAACGGGAUCGGGAUCGGGCACAGGCAGCAGCAGCUCCAGUUCCCCGGUGGUCAGUGGGAUUGGUAUUGGGAUUGGCGAGGAUACCUCAGAGCUGGGCAGGCGAGCCACCAUUGGAGUGGCCUUCAAGCUGCUUCUGACUGGCCGAGCAGAGCUGCUGGCUCAGGCUGCCCAACUGCUGCCGCCCACAACCCGCUACGACACCCAGAACAGCGCUGGCCUGACUGCUCUCAUGGUUGCCAGCAUCCGCAACGACGAGGUGGCCCUGCACGCGCUCCUGGACGCCGGAUGCGAUCCCAAUGUGGAGGUGCCGCCUGCGGGCAGCUCUGGCCAUCCGGCCAUACUGCCGGACACGCAGCACUGGACAGCCCUGAGCUUUGCCGCCAGCCGGGCCAACUACGUGGCCUUGAGGAUUCUGCUGGAGCGGGGCGGCAAGGUGGAGGGCGGGGCUCGCAGCAGCGAGGAGAAGUGUACCUUGACGCCGUUGCAGUUGGCCGCGGGAACGGGCAACCUAGAGAUUGUGGCCCUCCUGCUGGCACAUGGAGCGAAUGCCUUCCUCUCCACUCAGCAGAAGGACUCGCUCUGCUUUGCGGGAUCGGCGCAAAAGGGUUGCUUCUGUGCCAUCUCCGUUGCCGCCGCCCAUGGCCAUCGCUCGUGCCUGCGCAAGCUGCUCACCCAUCCCGUGCUGCCUGGCACGCGAGAUGUCCUCUCGCUGGAGGAGAUGCUGGCCGAGGGCGAUGUGGCUGGUGUUCGAGGCGGUCCAGGCAAUGCCCCGACCAAUGCCAACAGCGAGGAUAUUCUACCACUGCUGAACAAGACGCAGAUCAAGCGACUCCAGGAGGCCAUGUACCACAGUGCCGAAAACAACCAUUUGGACAUAACCAUAGAACUGCGCAAACUGGGGGUGCCUUGGACUCUCCACUGCUGGAUGCAUGCCCUGUCCGCGGCGCACGAGCUGCGUCUGGAUGCUGUGAUCGACCAACUGCUGCAGGACUUCCUGCAGGUAUGCCCGGACGACUACAGCGCUCAGUUCGUGAGCGAGUGCCUGCCGCUGCUGUUCAACAUAUUCCGGAACAAGAACGAGGGCACCACCCUACUGCUGGCCGACAUAUUUGCCACCUGCUUCGGCUGGGAGACGCUUCAUCCGGUAAAGGAGCAGCCGCAGAUGCAGCCAGUCCAGGGCUCCCGCAUAGAUCCCAAGUUCGUGAACAACCCGGAACUGAGCGAUGUCACAUUUAGGGUGGAGGGAAAGAUCUUCUAUGGGCACAAGAUUGUCCUGGUCACAGCCUCGCCGCGGUUCCAGAGCAUGCUUAGCUCCAAAUUGAGCGAUGCCAGUUCCACGCCCACGGUCCAGAUCAAUGAUAUUCGCUAUCACAUCUUCCAGCUGGUCAUGCAGUUCCUCUACAGCGGCGGCUGCGGCUCUCUAGACGUAGCGCAUGGCGACGUCCUCGAGCUAAUGGCUGCAGCCAGCUUCUUCCAGCUGGAGGGUCUGCUCCGAUACACAGAGGCUCGCUGCUCCGAAAUGGUCGAUGUGGACAAUGUGGUGGCCAUGUACAUACAUGCCAAGGUCUACAAUGCGCAUCGCUUGCUGGAGUACUGCCAGUGCUUCCUGCUUCAGAAUAUGGUGGCUCUGCUCACCUACGAUGACUCGGUGAAGCGCCUACUGUUUGCCAAGAAGAUACCCAAUCACGACGUCCUUGCCGGCCUUCUGCAGACCCUGCAGACCCGCCUUAAGACGCGCAAGCCCAAUUCUGGCGGUGGCCUGGUCAACUCCUAUCGAUCGCCCCCGGCCACGCCCGUCAAGAAGUAACCCUUCCCCAUGCCCUGUUCCCCAUUCCCCAUAACAGAAUCCAACUCGUAUUUAUUGCAUUGUUUUUAAUUGAAUCUUUGAGCUUUUAUGUAUUAUAAUAACUUCCCAGCCGGAUCCCGAUCCCGA